AUGUCACCUUCCAUUGCCUAUAACACCACGACAAACAGCUCUAGCUCGACACUAUUACCCAGACACAUGUCAAACUAUACAGAGAGGCAGUUUCGAUUGGUUUUCCUGUGGUUAAUUAUAGCAGUGGGACUCAUUGCCAACUCGUUCAUCGUUGCUGUGAUCAAGAUAUUUCGUAGCAUGAGAACAACAACCAACUAUUUCCUGCUGAACGUAGCUGCCGCGGACAUCACGACGCUUAUCUUCACUGCGAUCCAUCUCAUCAUUCCAAAGAUGGUCCCUUUUCGGCAAGGUGCUCUGAGCAGCUUCCUCUGCAAGUUCAUAUACACCAAUAACAUCACCAUGGUAACCCUUCUGGUAACCGCACUCACUUUGACUCUCUUGGCAGUGGAGAGGUACCAGGCCAUGGUCAAGCCGCUGAUCACAUCUAGGAGAAUCGACGUCGAAAGGGUCGCUUACUUCAUAAUUGGCAUUUGGAUGGUAUCUAUUGGAAUGACAACACCACUCUUUGUAUCCGUGGAUUACCGAUCUAAGACCGGCUGUUCUCCAGGCAACGAUUUGAAUGAGAUGAGAGUAUACGUCACUUGCCUUAUCAUUACAUUGACUUUGAUCCCUUUCGCUGGCAUAGCCUUCUGCUAUUCAAGGAUCAUAUCCGGUUUAUAUUGCGACAAAACAAUUUGCAGCGGGGCUCAUGUUUAUUCGCAGAAGGACAUGGCAGAGAAAAAAAGACUGUUAGUUCUUUUCGUUGUUCUGACAUCCGUGUUUUUCGUAUCAUUUGUCCCUUACGGAGUCGUGUUUAUUCUUCAGUUUAGUGGAAAGGAAAGUGCUGCUCAUUCUCAAAUCUUCGCUCGUCUCAGGAUGUUUGUACAGUAUUUAAUACUUUUGAACUGUUCCCUGAAUCCCUUCAUAUAUGCGGCUCCAAGUUCCAAUUACCGAUACUGCCUCAAGUACAUCGUCAAAAAAAUAUUCUGCCGUGAUAGUCCGGAAGAAUUAUAUGCUAUUGAGUUACCCAAAAGGAGAGGUUUUUUCGCGUAA